AUGCAGAACGCGUCCACACGCAUGAAGCGCGACAUGGUGCUGCUGGGGAAACGGGUGGAAGAAGCAGAGCGGCCCGGGAAGAACCCAUACCUGAUGGCAGAUGUCGGCAAGAUUCAGAUCAUGUCCAACCCCUCUGGGCGGCAGAGGGAAGCGAACGUCAUCCCCACCACUGCCGACAGGGUGCAGGCCGACCUCUUAAGGAACCAGCCGGAGCGCCAAAAGUCGGCCUUUGGGGAGAAGGGAGAAGAUGCCAUGCCGCAGAUCUCCAAAGCUGAGAAGGACAUCUUGGCGGAGAUUGGGGAGGACCAGGAGCAGAAGAGCAGGCUCCGCGCCUUCCGGGAGAACUUGCAGCGGAGGGCCGAGAGGAAGAGAGCCCGACAGGAGGAGAAACUACGGCUGCAGAAGGAGAGUGUGGCAAGGAAGGAGGCAAGAAGAAAGCAGAGGGAGACACAGAGAUUUGCAAAUGAGGCGCGGCUGCAGGCACAGCCAACUGAUGUGAGUCUAGACCCAGACUCCGUCUCAGAUGGCAAAAGCGAAAUUGGCCGGACCAGCCCGAGCCCCAUGAGCCCUGCAGAAAGCAUUGGCCUGAAGUCCGAGGCGACUAGCUUCAUGAGCUCCAAAAUGCUGCGAUCCUCCACCACGGUCUCGGGGCUCUCCAUGCUGUCGGACGGGUCUGAGGAGCUUGACGACAGCGACGAAGAAGACAAGUCCAAGGCCCUGAGUCGCCAAACCACCAGGAUGUCCUCCGUGAAGCAUCGGGCGCAGACCAGCGCCAUGUCAUUGGAUGAGGACUCGCAGAAGAAGCACAAAGGGACCAUCUCCGGCGCCAUCGGCGGGGGGAUCAGGGCCACAGGGAAGACGAUGCUGAAGACGGGCACCACCGUGGGUCUGCUGCUGGGCGUGGUGCCCUCCAAGACCUCCCGGGACUACUUGCUGCGGAAGGUGACCCGCUGGUUCCCCAGCCGCCGCGGGGUGGGGCAGGUGCGGCCCCAGGACGACGCGGACUCGGACUCGGACUCCGUGGGCACCGAGGACAGCGAGGCGGAGGCCAUCCGCGAGGAGACGAAGCGCCGCUUCGGGGAGAAGGCCUCGAAGAGUUGGACCUCCAUGGACAACGCCGGGGAGAACAUCAAGGCCCGCGCCCGCGAGGUCGUGGGCUACCCCGCCGACGACUCCGAGGACGACUGGACCUUCGUUUUGAGGCUGCAGAGAGCCACUGGGAUCCUUUGGUUCCGCAUGCAGCUGGCUGUGCGAAAGAUCGCGGUGGCAGACAAUCCCCCGCACCCGUCGCUGAAGCGGAUGGUGGAGUCUCUUCGCUUCGAAGCCUUCAUCGGGGCCUUGAUCGUGGUGAACGGCAUCAUCUCCGGCAUGGACGCCAUGUACAAACCCGGCGAGGUGCGGCCGUCGCUCAUCACCGUGGCCGAGAACGUCUUCGUGGUGAUCUUCGUCACCGAGUAUUUCCUGCGUUUGCGGGCGGACACCUGGGUUUGGAUGUUCGAGCCCAUGAACAUGUUCGACACCUUCGUGGUUUGGAUCACUGGGGUGCUGGUGGUUUGGAUUUUGGAGCCUUUGGGCAUCGAGAUCGACAUCUUGCGGCGCCUGGCGGCUUUGCGCGUGCUGCGCCUGGGGCGGCUGGCGCGUGCCGUGCGCAUCAUGCCCAUGUUCCACGAGCUGUGGAUGUUGGUGUCCGGAGUGCUGGAGUGCACUCGCCUGCUCUUCUGGUCCUUUGUCAUCAUCGGCGUGGUGCACUUCAUGUCUGCCGUCGUGGUCAUGGAAACCAUCACCAAGUCCGAGCUCUUCGAAGACGACCCCACGGUGCAGAACUUCUUUGGCACGCUGUCCUACUCGAUGUUUACUCUUUUCCAGUUUAUGACCUUUGACAGCUGGGCCAGCAUUGCCAGACCCAUCAUUUAUCAGAUGCCAGAAGCAGCCGCCUUCUUUCUGCUGUUUAUGGGCAUUGCUGGAAUUGUGCUCUUCAACCUCAUGACCGCCAUUGUCGUGAAGAACGCCUUCGAUGCUGCGGAGGCCGAUGAGGAGGCCAAAGCUCAGCAGCAGGUGCAGCAACAGGCCAAGAUGGCGGCGGAUCUGCGGACCAUGUUCAUCGCCUUGGACGAAGACGGCAGCGGCACGCUCACGCGCGAGGAGUUUACGGAUGUCUUGGAUGACGUUUUGUUCAUCCGCCAGAUGAAGGUUCUGGACAUUGAUUUGGAAGAGCUGCCUGACAUCUUCGACAUCUUGGAUGAUGGGGAUGGGAACAUCACCACGGAGGAGUUCUGCUUGGGCCUGACGCGUCUGCAGGGCGUGGCCAUGAGCCGCGACAUGCUGCGCUGCACCUCCCGCAACAUCCAGCUGAACACGCUCUUCGGGGAGGUGAGGAAUACGAUGGGCCGGAAGGUGGACAAGACGUUGGGUUUGAUCGAGACCAGCAUGGAGGAGGCUCACGUGAAUCUAGUGGAGAUGCAGCAGAUGACGGCGGAGGUGCUGAAGAAGUUGGAGGAGGCCGGGCUCCACCGCGCGGUGCGCUCCACCACAGAGGCCCUGGAUGAGGUGCCGCCCCCGACCCUGGAGGAUAUCGCCAAGCGCGAGGAGGAAGCCGCGAGGCAAGCGGAGCUGGCGCGGUUUGGGAGGGCCAACAGCAGCCGCAGCGUGAAAUCCACCCAGGCCAAAGAGACGUUGCCUCGCAUCCCAUCUGCCUGGGUGCUGAAUCGCAAGAAGGACUUGGAGGAGAGGAAGCAAGCGCUGCGAGCGCAGCAGCAUGAGGACGUAGGAGCGGAUGUCCAGGAGACGCUGGUGCCGGGCGUGCUGAAGGAGUUCCAGCGCGAAUGGGCUCUGCGGGAGUUGCACGUGCCGCAGAAGCGCCGGGAGGAUCGCUUGGCAGAGGCGAUGGCCGCCAAGAAGGAGCCCCAAGAAGCCAAGGAGAAGAAGUUGCCGGCCCAGCUGCCGGCGUCCCUGGCGCCCAACACGGUGUACGAGCAGGAGGCGGAGCAAGCAGUGGUGGCCGAGGAGGAAGCUGAGGAGGUGGUCAGGAAGGACGUGAACAAGAUGAACAUCAAGGAGCUCAAGGAGCUGGCAGACAGUCUGGGAAUGGAAGGCUUCGAAGGAAUGAAGAAGGUGCAGCUUUUGCCACUGGUACUGGCAAAAUUGGAGGAGGUGGCGAAUUUGGGCAAGGCGCCUUUGUCCAUGAUGUAG